AUGAAGAAGAUCCGUAAUUGUAAAGUCAACAAUACACCGUACGCCGACUUCCAGGAUGAAUUGAACAAAAGAUUCUCGGUCCUUGGGAAGUUUUCUGACCCGAGCGAAGCAGUGGAAUCCCAGCAAGGCAGUGGGAUCGUAGCAGAGGAAUCCCGGUUGACGACAGAAGACCUCCAGCCUGUCGUUAUAAGUACAAAUGAAGAACGGAGUGAAAAUGAAGCAGGACCGGCCGAAUUAGAACUAGAAGUAGAAGAUAUGGACCAGACAGAUCGACAGUUCAACUAUGAAUUCGCUAUUGUGGAUGAAUCGUCCCAGGAGUCAUACUGCGACCCAUCAGAUAAAGAUUGGACACCAAAUAGGCGGGACCGGGAGUUGGAGAUUAACCCUGCUGUCGAUAUGGUCACUGGAUCUAUGAUGAGGCAUGGCAUCAGCAAUGUCACGAUGACUAAUAUUCUUCGUGACAUGACUUCUCAGGACGGACUGUACAGGGAGGCAACAGAGGCUCAGUUGCGCUUGGCAACAAAUAAGCGAAGGAGGAGUGCUCUGUUGUCGGUGCAAGAUCUUAAAGUGGAGGGGCUUUACUUUGAUGGAAAGGUAGGGGACAGCCUCCACUACCUUGGUGGAAAGAACGUGCUUCUGAAAGAGGACCGCUUGUCGUUGGUGGGGUACCCGGGGGAGAAAUCUCCUAUAUAA